ACGUGUCAAAAAAAGUAAGUUCAAUUUAUGAAGAUAUUCCAUGAUCUUAUAGCUAUUUAAAAUGGAUUUAGACGAAAUAGCGGCCUUUCAGGCAAUUCAGAAUUUAGAGCAGGUUGAAAUUAAUGGGGCUCGUCCACGAAGAACAUUUUUGCCAAAAACAAAUCCGUUCGAAAAACUGACAGAUGAAGCAUUUAUUAAAAUGUUUCGUUUCAAUAAAAAUAUGGCAAUACAAUUAAUUAAUAGUGUUUCAAACUUUAUUGAGCCGAGUUCCAGAAGUUCAGCGAUUGAUGUGGAUUUGAAGGUACUAAUAGCACUAAGAUUUUAUGCAGCAGGCAGUUAUCAGUUUGAUACAGCCUCAAAUGUUUACUGUGCUGUAAGUCAAGCAUCUGCAAGCAGAGCCAUAAAUGAAGUCACCAAUGCCCUAAAUCGACCUGAAAUUUUUAACAGAUGGGUUAAGUAUCCUUCUACUGUGGAAGAGUUAAGAGCUAUACGAAAUAAAUUUUACCAAAAACACGGUUUCCCAGGUGUGGUGGGGUGUGUUGAUUGCACACACGUAGCAAUAGUUCCCCCAUUAAAAGAAGAUCCUUUGUACCCGGAAUAUAUUUAUGUCAACAGAAAACACUAUCAUUCUAUUAAUACUCAGUUGAUUUGUGACUCCGACUUAAGAAUCUUGAAUGUAAAUGCUAGAUAUCCCGGGAGCACUCACGAUUCCUUCAUUUGGAACAAUAGCCGUGUUAAAACUGUAAUGGAAAACAUAUAUAGAGGGGAUCUAAGAGGCUUUUAUUUAUUAGGUGAUAGUGGAUAUGCUUUACGACCAUGGCUCCUUACACCACUAGAAAAUGAGCCCGAUCAUGAUACUCCAGAGGGUAGAUUUAACAUUGCACAUAAGUCUUCGAGAGCAGUUAUAGAAAGGUGUAAUGGAGUAUUAAAAAUGAGAUUUAGAUGUUUAUUAAAACACAGAGUGCUUCAUUACACACCUGAAGUGGCAUCUAAAAUAAUUAAUGCAUGUGUGGUUCUACAUAACAUUUGCAUUCACAACAAUCUUCCUGAUCCUGAACCGCAAGAAGGUGAUGAAUAUAUAGAUUUUGGAAUGUAUGAAAAUCUGUAUAAUCUUAAUAUGGAAGAUAUUCCUAAUCCUGCUAUUCGAGCAAGAAUAAAUGUCGAUUUAGAAGAAGGAAUGGCUCUGCGGCGAAGAUUAAUUGCAAAUUAUUUCAAUUAG